AUGGGCGACGCGCAGGCUCCCGGAGGCUACUUCGUCGGCCGUCCAGCCAACUUCGAGGACAAGCAACAAGAUGCUGCCGAUGUACAGAACAAAGGGAGCGCUCCUGAUGGAUGUAGGAAUAUUUACCCUACUGGAAGUAUGUACUUUGGAACUGGUGCUUUCAAUUCUCUGUAG